AUGGCUUCAGUAAUGGCUUGGGGCGCCGGUGUCGCCGUCGCAGCAUUCCUCGGCCGCGCCGGCUUCGUCGCCCUCCGUCGCUCCCGCGGCGGCGUCGGCGCCAUGGGCAAGGCUUUUUACAAGGGCGGUUUCGAGCCCCGAAUGACCAAGAAGGAGGCCUCUCUCAUUCUAUCACUGAGCGAGCGAUCCAUUACCAAAGACAAGGUCCGCAAGGCCCACCGAACCCUCAUGCUGCUCAACCACCCCGAUCGAGGCGGCAGCCCGUACUUGGCGACCAAAGUCAACGAAGCCAAGGAAUUGCUGGAUAAAACCGUCUGA